AUGACGAUCAUAUCUGUGCAGACCUUCCUUCCAGGUCGCCUCGCGAUUACAUCGAAUGAAAAGAACGCUGCGAAACCUCCGCCAAGCGUUUAUAAUGUUCAAGAUAAUCCGUUUAAAGGAUACCAUCCGCCGCAACCCGAUGGAUAUGAGCGCAGCAAAUCCAACCCCGACGCGAGUGCUAUUGUGAUUGACAAUGGGUCAAGCCUCCUCAAAGCCGGUUGGUCUUUCGACAAAUCCCCACGCUUCAUUCUCCCCCCUGUGGUGAGCCGGUACCGGGAUCGAAAACUCAACAAAGCAUGUCAGUUUAUCGGAUACGACGCCUAUGUCGAUGCUACAACUCGUGGCCAGCUGCGGUACGCGUUCGAUCCCGGCACCAGCGUGGUCGGCAACUGGGACGUGAUGGAAGGCUUAUUGGACUACGUGUUCAUCAAACUUGGGGUAGACGGGACGAAUGGGGGAGUUGACCGACCCAUCGUGAUGACGGAACCGAUUGCGAAUCUCAACUACCCGAGGAGAAUGAUGAACGAGAUCCUCUUCGAAUGUUACUCUGCCCCGUCCGUUGCCUACGGUAUUGACUCGCUCUUUUCUUACCGGUACAACAAGGGUACAGAUGGCCUAGUCAUAUCCUCGUCACACACGUCAACCCAUGUCAUUCCGGUCCUGAACUCGAAAGCGCUGCUCUCGAAUUGCUCACGCUUGAACUGGGGUGGCAUGAACACAUCAGAGUACCUCCUCAAGCUGAUGAAGCUGAAAUAUCCCACUUUCCCCGCUCGGAUGACUGAGAGUCAGAUGGAAGAUCUGGUUCACAAACAUUGCUACGUUUCUACGGAUUAUGACCGAGAGCUAAACAGCUAUCUUGAUUGGACCGGACUUGAAGACAGAGAUCAUGUGAUCCAGUACCCUUUCACGGAGCAUGUGGUGCCGGAAAAGACGGAAGAAGAGCUUGCGCGAAUUGCCGAGCGAAAGAAGGAGAGCGGGCGACGGUUACAGGAACAAGCUGCAAAGAUGCGACUGGAGAAACUCAUGAAGAAGGAACAGGAGCUGGAAUAUUGGAAAGACCUACAGCGUGGGCUUGCAUCCGAGACCAAGAAGGAAGCACGGCGCAUUCUGGAUGCGGAAGACCUCAAGGAUGAAGCACACCUUGAUCGACUGAUUCGCGACUUGGAGCGAUCCAUCAAGCGCUCCCGCAAUCGAGAUCUAGGAGUGGAGGAGACUGAGGAGCCGCCAGAAGAUAUGUCUUUCCCACUCCUUGAUAUUCCUGAUGAAGAGUUGGAUGAAGCCGGUCUGAAGGAGAAACGCCACCAGCGUCUCAUGAAGUCGAAUGUCGAGGCACGGCAACGUGCCAAGGCCGAGAAAGAGCGGGAGAAGAUACGGCAGGAGGAAGAAGAGCGACUUGAUCGCGAAAAGCGCGAGAAUGACUUUGAGAACUGGGUGGCGGAACGGAGAGCUGCUCGCCAGAACAUCAUUCAGAGGAUCAAAGAGCGCGAUCGGAUGAAGGCUGAUUUGGGUAACCGUAAGUCGCUUGCCAGCCAGAUGCGUAUGAAGACGCUCGCCAAUCUGGCCGCCGACGGGCCCAAGAAGCGAAGGAGGGGGGGGGAUGAUGAUGAUUUCGGAGCCAACGACGAAGAUUGGGGCGUUUAUCGGACUGUGGCCACCGGGGAACAGAGUGAUGAAGAGGAGGAGGAGGACCUCGGAGGGAUGCUCACUAGUGUUGAGAACGAGCUGCUGGAGCACGAUCCGGACUUUACGGAAAACCACACCCUUGCGGCGCAGUCGGACUGGACCAAGAGUUUAGUGCAUGUGUUCCUGCGUGGACCCUGGCCGUUUGAUCCAGAGAGCCAGCGGGAGGCUCACCAGCUCCAUCUGAACGUCGAGCGGAUCCGAGUCCCCGAAGUCGUCUUCAAGCCGUCGAUUGCGGGGAUCGACCAGGCGGGCCUCAUCGAGAUCGCUGCGGACGUCGUGACGCAGCGGUUCUCCAACCCCGAAGACCAAGCCAAGCUUCUCCGCGAUGUGUUUCUGACGGGAGGGAACACCCUUUUCCAGGGAUUUGACGAGCGACUCCGCAGAGAACUCCGGGCUUUCCUUCCCGUGGAUGCGCCACUGAACGUGCGUCGGGCUGCCGAUCCUAUUCUUGAUGCCUGGAAGGGGGCUGCACAAUGGGCGUCUGGACCAGAUCUAAGAAACUCUUCUGUGUCACGGGAAGAAUACCUGGAGAAGGGUAGCGAGUACAUCAAGGAACAUGAUCUGGGGAAUGUUACCUCGUGGUAG